AAUGAGUAUUACAAGAAAUUGAGGAGCCGUUACAAGAGUAACAGGAUUUUAAUUAAAACUGAUAUGCGCACGAAACGACCAAACUACUGAGCGGGGACCCGACAAUAACGUUGAGCAAUUUUAAAAUCUGAGAGGUUACGAAUUGAUUAAAUGUCUUAAAAAUGGAAAAUAUGGACAAUAAAAUGGAAGAAUCUUAUGCUCGUCUAGAUGCUGCGCUUGGCUCACCUGGUGGUGGUAUAAUACGUACUCCCAAAACUUCAAGGAGACUCAAUUUGAUAAAAGGUUUGAAGCCUGAAGAUGAUAUUGGUGCUUUGUUAGACAGAUCUAUUGGUAUUAUUGGGUCAUCACAUUCAACAGCUUCAAACACAACUCAAAUUGGACUUAGUUAUAUGGAUAGCCCUAGUAUGAUUAGAGAAGAAGUGACAGCACUGUGCCCUGGUACUCUUUUGGGAGAUAUAACAACAGACAUUGCCAGUGCUGCUUUGCUAUCUGAAGAUGAUCCUGGUAUUCGUGCUACACAGGUGCUGUUUUCUGAAUUUAUAAAGAUUAUGGUGGACCAUCCAUCAGAAGCGCAAAUAUGGGAAGAACUAGAAGAAUACCAGAGUUUGUGCAGUCAACAGGUUAUUGCUUUGGACAGGCUUAUUCGUAAAGUUCCCCGUCAUCACACAAAUUUUACCAAUACACAACAGAUAUACCAGCAACUGUUAAAUGAAAGAAACACCUGGAGGAUUCUUGGAUCACUCUACAGUGAGCGCCUAGGUGAUGAAAAUAAUAUUCAAGAAUCUAAUAUGCUAGAUGAAGAACAUUUAACUGAUUUCACAGUUGUAAAUCAACUGUUUGACGGAAAUCGCAUAAUACGGGAGGCACAGAUUGUAAUUGACUGGUUAGAGAAGAAUUCAGCUGAUGACUUUGAUUUACUAUUCAAGAGUCGUGAUCGGGUGGAGUAUUUUGGAGAUAUGCAUAUUGCAUGGGAAAAUACACUGAAGACAAUGAAGAAUGAAAGCAGUGGAAUAAGCAUACCAUUGAGAGGCAGUCGCUCUCUAGUUACAUCUUUAGAUCCUGAUUCAACAUUACGACAGGGACGAAACCUCCAUGACCUUGAUCAGGAAGAUGAAAUGCGUUUACUCCGAUGUGUCUUCCUUCAUAUUCGUUCAGGGCAAGUCAGUAUGGCUCAGGAAUUAUGUAUCAGAGCAGGUCACCACUGGAGAGCAGCAACUCUUGAGGGGUGGAAGCUUCAUCAUGAUCCUAAUCACACUGAUGCAUCACAACGAAAUCCAAUUUCUGGCAAUUCAUACAGAGAUGUUUGGAAAGCAGUUGCUUGGGGCAUAGCAAGUGAUGAACGACUACCAGUUUAUGAACGAGCAGUAUAUGGUUCUCUGUGUGGUCAUCUACAGUCGGUAUUAGCAGUUUGUAAUGAAUGGCAAGAUGUUUUAUGGGCAUAUGCACGCACAAUGGUUGAUCAGUGGGCUGAAGAGCAGUUGAGGGCCACAAUAACCCACUUGAGAACGCUGCAUCCUUUACCCAAAGAUUAUCCAGAAGAAAAGUUGACUUUAGAAACAAUAUUUGAUGCUGUGGAACGAAGACCAGAGGUAAUCAAACAACAGAGCCAGAACCCAUAUCACACACUUCAGAAAUACAUAGUCUUGGAUGAUAUUGAAGCAUUGCUUAAAGAAGCUCAUCAGUGGUUGAGUGAUGGUAUUUCUCCUCAUCUCUUACGUUGCCUAACACACAUUGUACUGUUCCUCCGUCGCAUUGGACGCAUCUCUCAACACAUGGAAAUGUACUGCUCUGAUAUUUUAGUUGCUUGUGUCAAGGAAGCCAUUGAGCGGGGUGAUGUGGAACAAGUGGCCAGAUAUACUUCUGUGUUACCAGCUUGGCUACAAGUAGAAUGGUAUGCCCGAUUUCUUCACAAUAUCACGGAUGAUGACCAUCGUCGUCAUGCCCUCAAAUUAGCUGCGGAUGUUGGGUUAGAUACGAAUACUAUAACAGCUACUGUUGUAACAAACAUAAGGCUCUCAUCAAGUAAUAGAGACCCAGAGGGACAGGUGUUAGCAGAAACCACAGCAGAGGAUAGAGUUAAAAUAAAUGCAAUCGACUGGCUUUUAUAUGACAAGAGGCAACGAACUGAAGCACUCCGUCAAGCUAAUGCCCUAAUGAGAAGCUUCCUAGUUUCCCGCAAAAUUGGGGCAACUAGAGUUCUGUUUAACAAGAUACCAAGUGAUUCUGUGAACAUUGUUGUGCAAGAACAUGAGGAGGAAACUGGCUCUCCAGAUCUAUCAGGAGAAACAGAAAAUAUCGUGCGUGAAUACUUUUGCAUAAAAACAUUCUUGGAUGCUCAAGAAUCGUUCACAGAUUGGUUUGACCAUUACCAUCAAAAGAGGCCAGUUGCACCUGAAAAACCAUCUGUAGGGUUAGGUAGUUCCCCACAAGAAGUAGCUUAUGAACAAGCUAGUAAGCAGCACCAGGGUGAACUUGAUCGCUGGAAGCAAACACUAAAACUUAUAACUAAGACGGCCUGUGAACGUUUGUACAACGUACUGCUUUUUCCUGAGGGUGGAUGGUUAGUAGACUCAGGAUUAGAUGACCAAGAACCUGACACCACUGGGGUGGGUGGUGAUGAAGAACUUAUGCCAGAAUCUCUGGAGCCUGACCGAAAGCACCAACUGUCUGUCCUCAGAUCGAUUUAUAUACCUCAGGUUGCCUCUUUGUUGCAAAAUAUCCUUCACUCCACAGAAAGUUUUAAAGAAGCACUCCAGUUGGCUGAUAUUAUAGCCUCCGAAAAGCAUCAGUUGUACAAGGCAUUUGGGACUUGCGAGUUGCAGCGAUUUCUUGUGAAGCUUCAAGAAACCUCAUUAGAACUGCUUGAUAGAAAUUGUGAUGCUUUAGGUUACCCCCUUCAGUAACCGAAAGAAGUAUGUUUUAAAUUGUGAAGUAUUGCUAGAGAAGACUGAUGGAUGAAAAUGAAAUAUGUACUUGUCAUUUUGUGGAAACAAGUAUUAUGCUGUUUUUUUCAGUUUUAUGAAGACAUGUUUAAAUUGUAGAGAAACUAUUGUUGUCAGAUGUGAUUUUUGUAAUUUUAUUGGUAAGAACUAA